AUGAAGUCAUUCACUCUGAUCACCCUCUUCUGCACCUUGGCCACAUCCGCAGUCCUCCCUCGGAAUACUGUAUUCGACAAUCACUGCUGCUUCACACUACAGGAUGUCGCUAGCGGCGCCACGGUUCAAGAAAACAGCAAUGGCAACUUGCUUCUCAACGCUGGCAAGACCAACGGCUUCUUCUGCAUCGACCUGUCCAACUCGCAAAAUGUGCUUCGGGACAGCGCCUUCAAUGCCUGUUUUCUCGACCCUAGAGGCACACUCAAAUGCGUCGAUCCUACACCUGGCUUCCAGUCUUGGACAUUGAAGAAUAGUGGUAGCAAUACUCUUCUCCAUCACGAUGGUGCCAGCACAUUCAACUCAUGUUCCAAGACGUCUACGAGUGCAAAGGGAACUGUGUUAUAUGGCGAUAAGCAUACUGAUGCUACAACAUGUAAGAAGGCUACGCUAAAGGCGAAGAGUUUCAAGGGCACAUGCAAAAGCUUCAAAGGUUGA